UAUACUUCAUAACGCAUGUACUUUGAUUCCAAGCAUAACUUCACGAAAGAAUGGUUUGAAUUAAAAUUUCCAAUGUCAUAUAUUAAUUUAUAUGUUUCAAAUACAUAGUAUUGGUAUAAGCAGAUAAGUGAAAGCACGAAAAUGGAUGAAGUUGCAAAGCUCGAACAUCUGUCUUUGGUUUCAAAAAUAUGCACGGAAUUGGAAAAUCACUUAGGACUAAAUGACAAAGAUUUGGCUGAAUUCAUAAUCCAUUUGGCAGAGAAAAAUGAUACAUUUGAUAAAUUUAAAAAAGUUCUCAUUGAAAAUGGCGCUGAAUUUUCUGAAUCUUUUAUGGCCAAUUUGUUAAGAAUAAUACAGCAUAUGAAGCCAACUAAACUGGAAGAGAAAUCAUUAAAACCUCCGACAAAGCAAGAUGAAUUAGCUCAAAAAUUCCCUGCCCUAGCACUGCCAAACGAGGAACCAAAAAUUGUGGAUGAGAAAGAACUCAAAGACGAUGAUAUAGUCAGCAGUGCUAUGGCAAGUUUGGAGGAACUAGCACCAUCAAAAAAGUCGAACAAGGAAGAUAGCAAGAAAGAAAACCAAUCAAUCGAUAAUAAUGAUAAGAAGAACAAACACACAAGAAGAAGUAGAUCAAGAGAUAGAAGAAGACACAGAUCACGUUCAUCAGGUCGCAGAGACAGAAGGCAUAGGUCUAGAUCUCGUUCAAGGUCACGAGAUCGUUCAAGAUCCAGAGAUAGAAGACGUCACAGGUCCAGAGAUCGUAAAAGAUCUAGAUCACGAGACAGGAAAUUUCAUAGGGACAAAUAUUCCAAUAAACUUGAUCGAUCUAGAUCGCGAUCUGUAGAGGAACUUUCCAUGGAUCCAGAAGUAGGCAAGAUUUAUUCAGGCAAAGUAGCUAAUAUUGUACCUUUUGGUUGUUUUGUUCAAUUGGAAGGUUUGAAACGAAGGUGGGAAGGGCUUGUUCAUAUCUCACAAUUAAGAAGGGAAGGAAGAGUCGCCAGUGCUAGCGAUGUAGUAUCUAGAGGCCAGAAGGUGCUCGUGAAAGUCCUCAAUAUUGGUGGACAAAAGGUUUCUUUAAGUAUGAAGGAUGUUGAUCAGGAAACCGGCAGGGAUCUGAAUCCUGUUGUGGCUGUUACCAAAACUGAAGAAGAUGAGAAACAUUUGAGAAAUCCAGAUAGGCCUACUUCCUUGUUAGAACUCCAGGGUAAUUGGGACGAAGACGAAACUUAUUCUAGAAAACGUGUGCAGAGAUUGUCUUCUCCAGAAAAGUGGGAAAUUAAACAAAUGCUUGCUGCAUCUUGUAUCGAUAGGAGUGAAUUGCCAGAAUUCGAUACCGAAACAGGAAUCCUCCCACGAGAAGACGAUGAAGAAGAAGACGUUGAAAUAGAGUUAGUGGAAGAAGAGCCACCAUUUUUACAUGGCCAUGGAAGAGCUCUUGGAGACUUAAGUCCUGUUCGCAUAGUAAAAAAUCCUGAUGGUUCUUUAGCGCAAGCUGCAAUGAUGCAGAGUGCUUUAGCAAAGGAAAGGAGGGAACAAAAAAUGUUGCAAAGAGAACAGGAAAUGGAUUCUGUUCCAACAGGUUUGAACAAAAAUUGGAUUGACCCUCUACCAGAAGCUGAAAGUAGAACUCUAGCUGCGAACAUGCGUGGAAUCGGCCUUCAAACACAAGAUUUGCCUGAGUGGAAGAAACACGUGAUAGGAGGAAAAAAGUCUUCCUUUGGAAAGAAAACAAAUUUAACUCUUCUUGAACAGCGUCAGAGCUUACCAAUAUAUAAACUCAGGGAUGAUUUAGUUAAAGCUGUGACGGAUAAUCAAAUUUUAAUCGUAAUUGGAGAAACAGGGUCAGGAAAGACCACGCAAAUUACACAGUAUUUAGCAGAAGCAGGAUUCACAGCCCGUGGAAAGAUCGGCUGUACUCAACCUAGAAGAGUGGCUGCCAUGUCGGUUGCUAAAAGAGUGGCGGAAGAAUUCGGUUGUCGUUUAGGACAAGAAGUUGGCUACACGAUUCGUUUUGAAGACUGUACUGGUCCAGAAACCAACAUAAAGUAUAUGACUGAUGGUAUGUUGCUAAGAGAAUGUCUCAUGGAUUUGGAUUUGAAGACAUACUCUGUAAUUAUGUUGGAUGAGGCACAUGAACGUACCAUUCACACGGACGUUCUUUUUGGAUUGCUGAAACAAGCUGUAGGGAGAAGGCCAGAUUUAAAACUAAUCGUUACAAGUGCAACUUUGGAUGCUGUCAAAUUUUCACAAUACUUCUUCGAGGCACCAAUUUUCACUAUUCCUGGUAGAACAUUCGAAGUUGAAGUCAUGUAUACCAAAGAACCAGAAACAGACUAUCUGGAUGCCGCACUGAUAACAGUAAUGCAGAUACAUUUGAGAGAACCUCCAGGAGACAUACUUCUAUUCCUAACUGGUCAAGAAGAAAUCGACACAGCUUGUGAAAUUUUAUACGAACGUAUGAAAUCUUUAGGCCCUGAUGUUCCAGAGUUAAUCAUUUUGCCCGUGUAUUCGGCGCUUCCUUCGGAGAUGCAGACGAGAAUAUUUGAACCAGCUCCACCUGGUUCCAGAAAAGUGGUAAUAGCCACCAAUAUAGCGGAAACUAGUUUGACUAUCGAUGGAAUUUAUUACGUAGUUGAUCCAGGAUUUGUGAAACAGAAGGUCUAUAAUUCUAAAACUGGAAUGGAUAGUCUUAUAGUAACACCAAUAAGUCAAGCAGCUGCGAAACAAAGAGCAGGGAGGGCUGGCAGAACUGGUCCAGGAAAAUGUUAUAGACUUUAUACCGAAAGGGCUUAUAGGGACGAAAUGCUUCCGACGCCGGUUCCAGAAAUCCAACGUACUAAUUUAGCAACCACGGUAUUACAGUUAAAGACUAUGGGCAUCAAUGAUCUAUUACACUUUGAUUUUAUGGAUGCUCCACCUGUCGAAUCGUUGAUUAUGGCUUUAGAAUCUCUACAUAGCUUAAGUGCAUUAGAUAACGAAGGUUUGUUAACCAGAUUAGGAAGAAGGAUGGCAGAGUUUCCUCUAGAACCUAAUUUAUCUAAAAUGCUUAUUAUGAGCGUACAUCUUCAAUGUUCUGAUGAGAUAUUGACCAUCGUCAGCAUGUUAUCUGUUCAGAACGUCUUCUACAGACCGAAAGAUAAGCAAGCUUUAGCAGAUCAAAAGAAAGCAAAAUUCAACCAACCGGAAGGCGAUCAUUUAACUCUGUUGGCAGUUUAUAACUCCUGGAGAAAUAAUAAAUUUAGUAAUGCAUGGUGUUAUGAAAAUUUUGUGCAAAUUAGAACUUUAAAACGCGCUCAGGAUGUUCGAAAACAACUAUUAGGUAUAAUGGACAGACACAAAUUGGACGUAGUAUCUGCGGGUAAAAACACUGUAAGAAUUCAGAAAGCUGUUUGUUCUGGUUUCUUCAGAAACGCCGCAAAGAAAGAUCCUCAAGAAGGCUAUAGAACCUUGGUAGAUAGCCAAGUUGUCUACAUUCAUCCAAGUAGCGCGUUAUUUAACAGACAACCAGAAUGGGUAAUUUAUCAUGAAUUGGUCCAAACUACGAAAGAAUACAUGAGGGAAGUGACAACUAUAGACCCAAAAUGGUUAGUAGAGUUUGCGCCAGCAUUUUUCAAAUUUAGCGAUCCGACCAAACUUAGCAAGUUCAAGAAGAAUCAAAGAUUGGAACCACUUUAUAAUAAGUACGAAGAACCGAACGCUUGGCGAAUAUCAAGGGUUCGAAGAAGACGUAAUUAAAAUGUUUAUUAUACAAUCUGUAAAUAGUAUUUUGUACAGUCAUUAUUUAAACACUAAUCAAUAAAUAGCUCGGAUAUACUA